AUGGAGUUUGAACUCGACACCGCGCCGGAUGCGCCUCUGCUGGAUUCCGAUGAGCGACCUGAGGAGGAUGCCGCGAGCGACAGCGACAGCCUCUAUUCUCACCCAGACCGUGGGUCCAGCAUCCGCCGAUGGGGAGUAAGGACGCCUCGCCGCAUCGUCAUUCUGGUCGCCGUCAUCAAGUUCUUGAUCGUCCUGAGCGGAAUGCUUCUUCUUGUCCCAUACGCUCGCCUUCUCGAGGAUGCAUUCUGCCAUGCUUAUUACAAGGACACGUCUUCGGAGAUCAUUGAGGAGAUGAAGUGUAAAGUAGAUGAGAUCCAAUCUCGGAUGGGCUUCUUCUUUGGCUGGAGUGGCCUCGUCUCAUCAGUGCUGGGUCUCAUAAUUGCCUUUCCUUUUGGAAUGAUGGCCGAUAAAAUUGGUCGCAAGCCUACCGUCAUCUUCGCCUACUCUGGCGUUGCUCUCACAUUUGGCAUUGGCCCUUUUGCUCUCAAGAUCUUUCAGCAGCAAAUCCGUGACAACCCCUACGUGUUGCUCACAGGAUCUCUGUUUCAGCUACUCGGAGGUGGUGUCCCGGUGCUACUGUCCACGUUUUAUGCAAUUGCAACCGAUGUCAGCUCUGAAGAGGACAAAGCCACUCACUUUCUGUAUCUUACAUUUGGUAGCACUGCAGGUGGAAUUCUUGGGCCUGUGGUCGCUGGCCUCCUCAUGCAGCGCUUUGGCCCAUGGGUUCCCAUCUACCUGGUUUUGACCACAUUCCCAGUCAUCUUUGCUAUCCUCUUCCUCCUUCCCGAAACCCUGACCGUUAAGAUCAAGAACCAGCAGGAUGAGCUUAGCGAGCCCGUGAAAUCAGUGAGAGACCACAUGGAGCAAGGCGUGAAGGAGUUGCUUCAAUCCCUCGACAUUCUCAAGAACAAAAGCGUCUCACUGAUCCUCGUGACCUUCUUUGUCCAGAAUGCCCGGUUCAGCGCACUUUCGACCAUUUUGUCCCAGUACGUCAGCAAGCAUUUUGGAUGGAGGCUGGCCGAAGUGAGUAUCCUGUUGUCUCCUUUGGGAAUCCUCAACCUCCUCAUCCUAGCGGGGUUGCCUCAGGUCUCGAAGAUGCUGCUGUCGCCCCGAUUCCGUAUGACGCCCUUCAAGAAGGACCUGUUCCUAACACGCGUCUCGACAUGCAUACUGGUGUUUGGCGCCAUCGUUCAAGGCCUUAGCCACAACAUCGUCAUGUUCUUAUUUGGACUCUUCAUCAUAACAUUUGGCGCCGCCGACAGUCCGCUAGCACGAGCGACAGUCUCGCACUUUGUGCAGCCCGAGUUUACCUCCCGACUAUACGCCUUGAUUGGCAUGAUCGAAGUUGUGGGCUCCUUUAUUGGAGGCCCGGUUUUGGCCUGGUGCUUCGACAGAGGCUUGAAGCGGAAGGGAAUCUGGGUUGGGAUGCCGUGGUUCUAUGUUGGGUUCCUCUGCUUCCUGGCUUGGCUUGCUUUGUUGUUUGUCAAGCCACCACCAAAGAAGCACACCCGAGAAGAAACCGCCGGCAGUGACGACGACGACGCCGAUGAUUACAUGCCCGACGAUCCUCUGCGACUUGAUUAG